GGCGGGGGGCGCGGACGGGCGGAGGGGCCUGGGAAGGUGGAGGGACAACCCGGCUGCCCGGCGCCCCACAAAAAGCAUCGCUCGGGCUCGGGCUGCUCCGCACGCUCCGAGCACCGGAGCACGCACGGACACACUGCCUCACGCUUACACACUGCCUCGUACGGACACGCUGCCUGCACAGACACUCUGCCUCCCGCUCGCACACUGCCUCUCACACUGCCUCACGCUCACACACACGCACUCCGCACACGAUGUGCGAUGAGCGAUGCGCGCCCUGAGGCACCUCGCACGCCCCGGGGCCGGGGGGAGCCGGCGGGAUCCGCGCUGCCAGCAAGCCCGCCCUGCCGCUCCCUCUCCUCCAGACCCAUCCAUCAGCCUCUUCCCCUCGCCCUGAAAAAAUGCCUGCCCGUGGAGCGAGGAGAGGGCACCGGGUCGGUAAAUAAGAAUGGCGGCACCUGACUUGCUGGAUCCCAAAUCGGCCACUCAGAACUCCAAACCAAGACUAUCCUUUUCCACCAAGCCUACCGUGCUCUCUUCACGGGAGGAAAGCGAUUCAGCUAUUAAUGUUAUGAAAUGGAAGACAGUCUCAACGAUUUUCCUGGUGGUAGUCGUGUAUUUAAUAAUUGGAGCGACCGUAUUUAAAGCCCUGGAGCAGCCUUAUGAGACCUCCCAGAGAACCACCAUCGUGAUUCAGAAGCAGACGUUUGUAUCUCAGCAUUCCUGUGUGAAUGCAACUGAGCUUGAUGAACUGAUCCAGCAAGUAGUGGCAGCAAUAAAUGCAGGAAUCAUACCUUUAGGAAACACAUCUACUCAGAUCAGUCACUGGGACUUGGGAAGUUCCUUCUUCUUUGCUGGCACUGUUAUUACCACAAUAGGCUUUGGAAACAUCUCCCCACGCACACAAGGUGGAAAGAUAUUCUGUAUCAUCUAUGCCUUACUGGGAAUUCCUCUGUUUGGGUUUCUGUUGGCUGGUGUUGGAGAUCAACUAGGGACAAUCUUUGGAAAAGGAAUUGCGAAAGUAGAAGACACCUUUGUUAAAUGGAAUGUGAGUCAGACAAAGAUUCGCAUAAUUUCAACAAUAAUAUUCAUACUGUUUGGCUGCGUGCUGUUUGUUGCUCUUCCUGCAGUUAUAUUCAAGCACAUAGAAGGCUGGAGCACACUAGAUGCAAUUUACUUUGUGGUUAUCACUUUAACUACCAUUGGAUUUGGUGACUAUGUUGCAGGGGGAUCGGAUAUUGAGUACCUAGAUUUUUACAAGCCAGUGGUGUGGUUCUGGAUCCUUGUUGGGCUUGCCUACUUUGCAGCUGUCCUCAGCAUGAUUGGAGACUGGCUAAGAGUCAUAUCAAAAAAGACAAAGGAAGAGGUAGGGGAAUUCAGAGCCCAUGCUGCAGAGUGGACAGCCAAUGUCACUGCAGAGUUCAAAGAAACUCGAAGGCGCCUGAGCGUGGAGAUCUAUGACAAGUUCCAGCGGGCUACCUCUAUCAAGAGGAAGCUCUCUGCAGAACUCGCUGUCAACCACAACCAAGACCUGACUCCCUGCAAGAGAACCCUGUCAGUCAACCAUCUCACCAGUGAGAAAGACAUCUUGCCAGCUCUAACAAAGACAGACAACAUUUACAUGAAUGGUUUGACACCGCACUGUGCAGCAGAAGAAAUAGCUGUUAUUGAAAACAUUAAGUAGCCAUGACUUUGGAUCCCGGCCCUUGAGAAGCUCUUGGCUGAGACUAGCCAUAUACCAUUUUUUUUUUUUCCCACCCUGUCAAUGAUCAAUGCUAAUAGCAUUUUUAUAUGUGUGCAUGAGUUUCACAGAAACUACAGUCCAGAGUUACCAUCAAAUCUCUUCAAAGACAAAAAGAUGAAUGGCACUUCUGUUAUCGAAAGAUGCUGGAACAAGCAACAUCUUCUGCCUUUAUCUGCCCAGACUGUUUUUCACGUCUCCUAAUGUGCCAUACGGCCUCAAGAAUGAAUUACAUUUGUUUAUGGUAACAAUGUAGCUUUGAGGGAUCAGUCCUUAAAAUUUCAGGGUCUACCUUACUGAGCCUAGGAAUGGACCAUUUCUGGACUACAACACAUUUGUAAAUGGCAAGAAAUUCUUAUGCAGCCUUUUACCUAAGAAAUUUUUGUCAGUGCCUUAUCUUUUGAAGAACCUGAACCUCUACAGUUCCUGUACGGUUUUUGUUUGUUAGGUUUUUUUCACGAGAAAUGUGUUUCAUUUGAGCUUUCAUUCUUCUUGAAAUGAUGGUGUUUUAAAAGGUGUCUGUUGUGAAGAUACCAACCAGCAUGAAUGAAUGCCAAAACUCAACAAUCAUCAAAUGAUGUUCUUAGCUCUAAAUUUAAAGGCACUGCAGUUUCAGAAAUUGAAAAGGUCCCCCAGAAGCAUUUUAUUUUACUCAGGUCCAGCUGAUACUUGUUCACACUGACUUGUAGAAUUUGCAGGCCCUCUUUCGGUGUUAUCUUUUUCAAGCAGUGUUCAGGAGUUGUCUUUGUGUCAGAUGUACCAAAAAAAUCUGCAGCUUAUCUAUCGUUUAAUUACUUGGUAGAUGACACGAGUAAAUAAAAACUACUACUUAGAGGAGAGGCUUUUUAACUGCUGUAUUCUAAUAACCACAACCAGAAAACAAUGCAGAAAAAUAGUGAUUUUUUUUUUUUUUUUUUUUAAAAGGCAUAAACCUUCUGCCAGAUAUUUGCUCCUUGAAAAGGAUUCUUAACUUCUUCAAGUUAAGUCACACCAGAUGCCAUAUGAUAUUUUACCCAGGAAUCCUGCUGGAAGUGCUUUCCUGAAUGUCACACUGUACAGUGGCUGCCUGUGAUGGAGCUGUGACUAACGUGGUAUCACUGUGACUUUCUACAUUUCAAAUAGAGAUGGCUCUGAAUAGAAGUGCAGGCAUGAAGAAGAGCUGAUAAAUAGCACAAUCUGAAUACUGAUGAUUGUUCAGACAGGAUAGGCUGACAAGAACCAUAUCUAAACCAGACUACGGGGGUUUUUUAAUUGGUUUUAAGAAAACACUUUAAUUUUGUAUCUUCUGUUUUGCUUAUAGAUGUACAUGAGAUUCAGAAAAAAUGCAGGAUGGAAUGGAUAAUUUUGCAUUUUUUUCUUAUGUUAGUCUAUAGUAACCUGGCUGUACAUAAAAUGAAUAGAACAGGCCUUAAAAGAGUAAUUUAGGCUCUGUGUAAAUUGAAGAAUGGGACUUUGCUGAUUGGGCAUGAUUCAACUGGCAAAUCUUACAGCAUCUCUGACCAUUAGAUAACAUGCAAGAUAUGAAUGUUAAUGUAUUUUGGAUGCUUAGCUUGUUUUCUAAUAAAAUAUAAGUUAAUAUGUAAAUUCAGACAAUUAAGUGUAAAUAUCAGUCAAUUAACAUUUACAGAGAGUAUGCUUUUAAAACAAAGGAGGUUCCAUGACACAGCUUAUAACAAAGAUCCUUGUCUCCCCAGCACAGUGUUCUGAAUGUCCACAUGGCAAGGGUUUGUUUUGCCGUGUAUAAACUGUGAAUUGUAAUGAAAAAUAAAGUUUUUAAUUAAAAUAA